UCGUCCAACCCAAAGCUCCAUCAACAACAACGUUGUCUUCUCUCUCUCACUCUCUGUUGUUUCCAAAAUCUGCGAUCUGAAGGAGAGAAAGCAUGUCAGAAGCAACAGCAACACCAAUUCUGAAGGAUGAGUUGGACAUCGUGAUUCCAACGAUAAGGAACCUGGAUUUCUUAGAGAUGUGGAGGCCCUUCUUCGAGAAAUACCACCUUAUAAUAGUUCAAGAUGGAGACCCUUCAAAGGUGAUAAAGGUUCCAGAAGGUUUCGAUUAUGAGCUCUAUAACCGAAACGACAUCAACCGCAUUUUGGGACCCAAAGCAUCUUGCAUUUCCUUCAAGGACUCUGCAUGUCGCUGCUUUGGCUUCAUGGUUUCCAAAAAGAAGUACAUCUUCACCAUUGACGAUGACUGCUUUCUUGCAAAAGAUCCAUCUGGGAAAGAAAUUAAUGCCCUGCAGCAGCACAUUAAGAACCUUCUGACUCCAUCAACCCCAUUUUUCUUCAACACUCUCUAUGAUCCCUACAGAGAAGGUGCAGAUUUUGUUCGUGGGUAUCCAUUUAGUCUACGUGAAGGUGUCCCAACAGCUGUUUCUCAUGGCCUCUGGCUCAACAUUCCUGAUUAUGAUGCCCCAACUCAGCUUGUCAAGCCCCUUGAAAGAAACACCAGGUAUGUGGAUGCAGUUAUGACAAUACCAAAGGGAACCCUCUUUCCCAUGUGUGGUAUGAAUUUGGCAUUCAACCGUGAAUUAAUUGGUCCUGCUAUGUACUUUGGACUCAUGGGUGAUGGUCAACCUGUUGGACGCUAUGAUGAUAUGUGGGCUGGCUGGUGCAUGAAGGUCAUAAGUGAUCAUUUGGGAUUGGGGGUGAAGACAGGUUUGCCUUACAUAUGGCACAGCAAAGCUAGCAACCCAUUUGUGAACCUUAAGAAGGAGUACAAAGGAAUAUACUGGCAGGAAGAGCUGAUACCAUUUUUUCAAUCUGUUUCUAUUCCAAAGGAUUGCACUAGUGUUCAGAAAUGCUACAUUGAACUCUCCAAACAAGUUAAGGCAAAACUUGGUAAGGUUGAUGAGUAUUUCAACAAGCUUGCAGAUGCCAUGGUGACAUGGAUUGAAGCUUGGGAUGAGCUAAACCCAUCAUCAUCUGGGGGAAAAUCGGAUGCAUUGCCCAAUGGUCCAGCAAAGUAAAUUCUUUGAUCUGUGCGGCUCUAGGGGUAAAUUAUGGGGCAUGACAGAGGAUAUGGCUACACUUAUUUAUCAUUUUUACUUUUUACCGUAAAACUAAAAAAAUUUGAGUGACCCUUUUGAUAUAUUUUUUUAAUAUAUUUUCUUCAGUUUGGAAUGUAGCUUAUUAUUAGAAGAUUGAGU